UAAAUUAUACUCCACUCAGGAGAACCCCGCACUUUGCACUUUGGUUAAAGUCUCAUUUUGGUUUAAAUUGCUAAACUUUUCCUAGAAAAUUAAGUUUUCUUUAAUCUCCUCUCUUCUGAAUUGCAGAAAUCAGAUAAAACUACUUGAUAAAAUGACUUCUUGUCACAAUGCUGAAGAUCCUAUAAAAAAGGUUGCUAUAUUUGGAGGAACUCAUGGGAAUGAACUAACAGGAGUGUUUCUAGUUAAGCACUGGCUAGAAAAUGGUGCGGAGAUUCAACGAACAGGGCUGGAGGUAACACCAUUUAUUACCAACCCAAGGGCAGUGAAGAAAUGUACCAGAUAUAUUGACUGUGACCUGAAUCGAGUUUUUGACCUUGAAAAUCUUGGCAAAAAAAUGUCAGAGGAUUUGCCAUAUGAAGUGAGAAGGGCUCAAGAAAUAAAUCAUUUAUUUGGUCCAAAAAAUAGUGAAGAUUCCUAUGACAUUAUUUUUGACCUUCACAACACUACUUCUAAUAUGGGGUGCACUCUUAUUCUUGAAGAUUCCAGGAAUGACUUUUUAAUUCAGAUGUUUCAUUAUAUUAAGACUUCUUUGGCUCCGUUACCCUGCUAUGUUUAUCUUAUUGAGCAUCCUUCCCUCAAAUAUGCAACCACUCGCUCUGUAGCCAAGUAUCCCGUUGGUAUAGAAGUUGGUCCCCAGCCUCAAGGGGUUCUGAGAGCUGAUAUUUUGGAUCAAAUGAGAAAAAUGAUUAAACAUGCUCUUGAUUUUAUACAUAAUUUCAAUGAAGGAAAAGAGUUUCCUCCCUGUGCUAUUGAAGUCUAUAAAAUAAUGGAGAAAGUUGAUUAUCCCAGGAAUGAAAAUGGAGAAAUUGCUGCUUUUAUCCACCCUAAUCUGCAGGAUCAAGACUGGAAACCAUUGUACCCUGGGGAUCCGGUGUUUUUAACGCUUGAUGGAAAGACCAUUCCACUGGGCGGAGACUGUACCGUGUACCCAGUGUUUGUAAAUGAGGCCGCGUAUUAUGAAAAGAAAGAAGCUUUCGCAAAGACGACUAAACUAACACUCAACGCAAAAAGUAUUCACUCCUCUUUACAUUAGAAAUCACUUCCAGCUCACUUGUUAUACGGUAUCUUGAAAAAUUCUACUAGUUUGUAAGCUCCUGACUAGCAGGAUUGUGCCUUAUUCAGCUUCACAGCCAUAGCGCCGAGCCCAGUGCCUUGCACACAGUGGACAUCCAGGUCACUUUCUUGAAUGAAUGAAUAAAUUAACGAAUAUCUUUUAAAGGUAUCAUACUUUAUGAAUGUAGCUUCUUCAAAGAAGUGCGUUUCUUAGUUCUGUAUAACUUUAUAUACUUUAUACUUUAGUAAUUUAACAUUCUUAAUAAAUAGCCUUUAAAUUCAAAUUUUAAAAUUGAAAUAGAUGCUAUGUACAAAAAGUCAUUAACUUGAGCAUAAAAUUAAAUGUAUGUUUUCAAGUGAUGUACUAAUGUUCCUAGAAACUAAUGGUGCAGACUUGCUAUUUUAAAUUUUUUCAUAUUUAAAUUUAUGAUAUGUAGUAAGUAUACAAUUUAUAAACCUUAGCAAUAGUUGUGAUAUCCAUAGGAGACUUUUAAAUGCUCUUUUGAAGAUGAAAUAUGAACGAGAAAUGAGAGCCUAUUGUAAAGGUGACAUUAUGAAUAAAUCAAGACAGACAGACAGUGACCCACACAAAGCAUGGCUGCUCCGCAUGCCCACUUGUUCUGCGCUGACCCUGGGGAGCCAGAGCCGCCUUCAGACAUCUCACAUGCCCCUAAGAAGCUAAGGUUCCCUCCCACCUCAGGGAAGUUGGAAGAGGCAGCUUCCCCCCCACUGUCACUCCUCAUUUUGAAAGAACAUGCUUGCCCUUAUGUCCAAGCAACGUGAGAGGAAGUCUUUGGGCUCCAGCAGCAUAAGUGGUGAUGACAGAGACAGCAGAGGGCAGGGGACACUAGUGGGAAUGUGGCCCAAACUCAUGUCUCUGGUUUGCAAAUGCAUUCUUCCAAGAAAUUCCUCCCUGUUCUAAACGCCCAAAUCCCUCACCUCCCAUGGUUCUUCUCCUCAAAGGUCCUCAGAUCAGAACGCUGCCUCCUCCCUCUCCAGGAGCCUCCCCGCCCUCCUCUCUUAGACCCAGCGGCCGAGUAAAGAGAGUUUCUAUCCUAUGAUUUGGACCUCAAGGAACCCAUAUUUAUGGUUUCAAAUAUUUACCAAAAUCAUGGUAACAUUAUCUGGAACACAUAUAUAUAUAUAUAAACAUUUUCAUUCUUCCAGAGCAAGCCUCAUUAAGCCAGUUUCUUUCCAUAUUUGAUGUUCUAUAGAGAACAAACUGUUUCUAAAUUUUUCAGCAUUUAUUUUUGUACUUUACCCAAAUUAUUUUCAUCGAAAUAAACUCUCUUCCUUCUGAA